CAGUUCUUCCUCUCCAUCCUCUGCUGUUUCGCUGUCUUAUUCUCUGUUUCUCUUUUUCCCUUUCUUUCCACAGUGUGAACCUCCCUCCCCCCCUUUUUUAAUCCCCGCCACCUCUGCUUUCCAUCUCCAUCCUCCCCUUCCUCCAUCUCUUUUCAUAUUCACCCAAUCUUUUCUCUUUCUUUUCCGCCGUUUCUCUCGCGCCUAGGAAAAAAAAAGCAGAUAUACUCUCACCUUCCCUUUUCUCCUCUCAUACUAAAUUCUGAGACCACCCUCUCUUCUCUCUCUUUCUUUGCUCACUCUCUCUAUUUCCCUCUGGCCCUCCCCCUCCCUUUUCAUGUUUCCCCCUCCCUCCAUCCUCUCUUUCCCUCGCUGGUUCAGUUAGUCAAAGAACAGAUUCACGGAAGGAUAGAAAAGGGGGGAAAGGCAGGACGAGAGUGAGAGCGUAGGAGUGGGGCAGGCUGGGGAGAGGGGUGUGGGGUCUCAGCCCUCUGUCGUGGGGGGUUGGGGGGGUUGAGAUACACCCCAAUAUUUUGUUCUUAGUACCAUGGACUGCCUCUGCAUUGUGACUACAAAGAAGUACAGGUACCAGGAUGAGGAGACGCCCCCCUUGGAGCACAGUCCAGCACAUCUGGCUCCAGGGAAAAGUGCCGAGAUGCUUCAUAUGAGUGACAAGAACCUCGCUGCCAUGGAGGCCAUUCAUGGCUACACACCACACACACAUAUCUCUCCUGUCAAGCCUGUGUUGAUGUCUACGGGACACACUCCAAUGUACACCUCUGCUGUUUCCACACUGGGAAAUACUCCUCCAGUGGUGGUGAACACUGACACACUCGAUGGCUCCCCAUAUGUGAAUGGGACAGAAGGGGAAAUCGAAUAUGAGGAGAUCACACUGGAGAGAGGUAACUCAGGCCUGGGCUUCAGCAUAGCAGGUGGAACAGACAACCCUCACGUGGGCGACGACCCCAGCAUCUUCAUCACCAAAAUCAUACCUGGAGGAGCCGCGGCUCAGGAUGGGCGGCUGAGUGUGAACGACUGCAUCCUUUUUGUGAAUGAUGUUGAUGUGAGGGAGGUGACACACAGCCAAGCUGUGGAGGCCCUUAAGGAGGCAGGUGCUAUCGUCCGCCUCUAUGUUCUCCGCAGAAAACCAGCAGCAGAGAAAGUCACUGAAAUCAAACUCAUCAAAGGCCCUAAAGGAUUAGGUUUCAGCAUUGCUGGAGGGGUGGGAAACCAGCACAUACCAGGAGAUAACAGUAUCUAUGUCACCAAGAUCAUUGAAGGCGGAGCGGCUCAUAAAGAUUGCCGUCUGCAGAUCGGGGACAAGAUCUUAGCGGUGAACAACGUGUGUCUUGAGGAUGUGAUGCAUGAGGAUGCGGUGGGGGCUCUGAAGAACACAGCCGAGGUGGUGUACCUCAGGGUGGCCAAGCCCAACAACCUGUACCUGACCAACUCCUACAACCCUCCCGACCUCACCAGCACAUAUUCCCAUAUGGACACUGAACUCAGCCACCCCACCUAUCUUGGGUCAGAUUACCCACAAGCCCUCACUCCCACCUCACCUAGUCGGUUUUCUCCCGUUCUGCAUGGCAUGAUGGGAGAUGAUGACAUCCCCAGGGAGCCUCGCAGAGUUUUGAUCCACCGAGGCUCCACUGGUCUGGGAUUCAACAUUGUUGGAGGAGAGGACGGAGAGGGAAUCUUUAUCUCUUUCAUCCUGGCAGGGGGGCCAGCUGACCUCAGCGGAGAGCUGCACAAGGGCGAUCAGAUCCUCAGUGUGAACGGCGUGGACCUGCGUAUGGCCACACACGAACAGGCAGCUGCAGCAUUGAAGAACGCUGGCCAGACAGUGACCAUCAUCGCUCAGUACAGACCCGAUGAGUACAGCCGUUUUGAGGCUAAGAUCCAUGACUUGAGGGAACAGCUGAUGAACAGCAGUAUGGGCUCUGGGACCACGACGCUAAGGAGCAACCCAAAGAGAGGCUUCUACAUCAGGGCUCUUUUUGACUAUGACAAGACUGCAGACUGUGGCUUCCUCAGUCAGGCACUGGGCUUCAGGUUUGGGGAUGUGCUGCAUGUGUUGGACUGCGGAGAUGAGGAAUGGUGGCAGGCCCGUAAGGUCAGCCCCCAGAACGAGGCUGAAGAGGUCGGCUUCAUCCCUAGCAAGAACAGGUCAGACUUUUCACUGGUGGAAAGAAAAGAGUGGUCUCGUGUUAACACCAAAGAGAGGGACCAUGGUCGAGACAGCUUGGGCACUCAAGGGAGAGAUAAAACCUCACAAAGUUAUGAGACUGUCACCCAAGUGGAAGUUCAUUAUGCGAGGCCCAUCAUCAUUCUGGGUCCUGUGAAAGACAGGAUAAAUGAUGACCUGUUGUCUGAGUUCCCUGAUAAGUUUGGAUCUUGUGUCCCCCACACCACACGGCCUAAGAGGGAGUAUGAAGUGGAUGGGCGGGACUAUCAUUUUGUGUCGUCACGGGAACAGAUGGAGAAGGACAUCCAGAGCCAUCGGUUCAUCGAGGCGGGCCAGUACAACAGUCACCUGUAUGGCACCAGUGUCCAGAGUGUCCGUGAGGUGGCUGAGCAGCAGGGGAAACACUGCAUCCUGGAUGUCUCUGCCAAUGCUGUGCGCAGACUACAAGCAGCUCAGCUUCAUCCCAUCGCCAUCUUUGUCCGGCCCAAGUCACUGGAGAAUGUCCUAGAGAUCAACACUCGCCUGACAGAGGAGCAGGCCAGGAAAGGAAUGGACCGAGCCCUCAAACUAGAACAAGACUUCCUAGAGUGUUUCUCGGCUGUCGUGGAAGGGGACAGCUUUGAAGAGGUCUAUCACAAAGUAAAGACAGUGAUCGAGGAGCAAUCAGGGCCUUACAUCUGGAUCCCCACUCGGGAGAGGCUGUGAUGCUGCACCCUAUCCGAACCACCCCUUUCUCACAACCACCAACCGACACCACCCUCCACCCUCACGGCCAAGCCAGCCUCGCCUGCCUGUCUGCCCUCCAGCAAAGUCAGUGCUUAGGCAAUCCCUGAGAAUGACACAGAGAGACAAAUGCAUACUAAGACAAACACAGAGACAGAGACAAAUACAGGAAUUGACACAGCGAGGCAAAGAACGAUACCAAAAGAGAGACUCUGAGACAGAUGUGAACACAGCACUGUGUAAUUAGACUGAAAGAGAUGGCAAGAAAAGACGUAAUCAGUAUUCCACUUUAAUGAGGCAGGAUUGAGCAUUGAGGCCCUGUUCACACUCAGCAUUAAAAUGCAUCUUGGCCACAAGUGGACAGCUCUUAAUACAUGUGACUGCACCCCUAUCUGGGAACGCAAAUGUCCUAAACGCAGUUGAUUAAGCACUGCCAAACAACUUAGUGUGUAAUGUGUGUUUUCUCUGUUUAGAUGCAGUUGCAGUUUCCCAACAGAUAAAAGCAAAUGUGAAGCGAAAAUCCAAUCACAAGUGAUUACUUGAGAGAGUUCAGAUGCAUUCUGAUGCCAGGUGUGAACCGCAGUCCAUCUGGAUCUCAACACAGUCUGGAUAUAUUUGGACAUUAGAUCUGAACAGGGCUUGAAAGAGAGUAGAGGGUGACCCAGCAGGGACGGACCCUGAGGUAGUAUUAAGACCACCUCACCCACCCCACCCCUCUCAAGUCUCAUGCUCCCAUUGAACACCUCCACGCGCCUAUGUCUGAGAUGGAGGUGCCCAAAAAGACGCUGGCCCCUCUUUUUAUAUAACCUCCUGGCUUUCUCUCCUCCUCCUCCUGUCAGCUCUGCCUUGUUUCAGGACAGGAAAGGGGGACGACUGAGAACAGGGCGCCCAGAUCCUGCUGAGUCCCUCUUGAUGAGGAGUCUUUACUCGGCAAAGAGUCCCUUUUCGUGUGAAUCGCCUCUUGGUUCUGAGUGUGAACUCUGAAUAACACCUCAGUGACUAAGACUGGCAUUUGCUCAAUCACCCAUGUUUAAUAUUGCGAGGCAUUAUUUAAAGGCAGUUCAAAUAAUUAUAAUGAUAAAAACACAUAUGCUGAAUUUGUGCAUGCAUCCUCAAAGACAAUGGAGACAAAAACAAUGGAAAAAUCUGACUUUAAAAAAAAGAUAAAAAAGAAAGUAAGUAGGGUGUGUUCUCCUUUUCCACCUCCUUUGUGGAGGAGUUUUUUAGCAUGUCUCAUGGAGGAAGAAGAGAAGAGAGACACAGUCUUGAGAGAUUGUCUUGAGAGGCCAAACCUGAGCGCAGUAGAUGCUCUGACAUAUGUUUAGCCUCUGCUCUCUUACACACACACGCACACACUCACGCACCCAUACGCUCUCACACCCAUCCACCAACACACACACGUAGAGUUGUAACCUCAGCUGUAACCUAGCACACUCCUCUACAGGGCGACUGGCUGUUCUGACCUGCUAGUCAGAAUCCAGGAUGAAUGUUAUCUCUCUAGGCACAAACAGCAGAGCUGUUAGCUUCAUCGCACCACAGCCAACUCACCGAUCACUCUUCCAGAAGAAUCCCUCAGCCACAGACGUACACACUGUUUCCAGUGGCCGCAGUAAAAGCCAUGGUGUGUGUGUGUGUCUGUGUGUGUGUGUGUGUGUGUGUGUGUGUGUGUGUGUGUGUGUGUGUGUGUGUGUGUGUGUGUGUGUGUGUGCGCGCGCGCGUGCACGUGUGUGUGUGCGUGGGUCUCUGUAUGUGCACAUAUGUGCACAUUCAUGUGUGGAAACUCCUCUGUGUGGGAGGAAUAGGUCUUCUUUUAUUCUCUCUUUUCCACUUUUUCUCUGCUUCUUUCUCCCUCUUGUGUCCACAAAUUAAAGCUAAGUCAUGUUUAACAAAUAAAUGGCCUAUAUAUAUAUAAAUAUAAAUAUGAAUAUAAAUAUAUAUAUAUAUAUAUAUAUAUCUUUUUAUAACAAUUUCUAAAGGGACUAAGUCUGUAAAAAUCAACAUCUCCAAACAAUAUUCCAUUGAUUCCUUUCAGUUAUAUUGCAGUUUGGUUGUUGAAUUUACACACAUUCCCAUUUUAUUGUUGUAAAACGCAGCAAAAGGCUACACAGAAAUAACUGAACCGUUCAAUUUAAAGCAGACCUCAAACUAGAGCUUUGAACUGACAUAUAUAUUUGACAUGUUCUUGUGUACGUUGAAAACGAUUUGAAACAUGUACAAUGCAGCUGUAUGUGUGUCUGUAUGACUGUGUGCGUGUGCAUACAUGUGUUUGCUGCUUGUGUGUGCGGCUGACAAGAAAGUAUGUGUUGUGUAUAAAAUAUAAAUGAUACUAUAUGAUAAUAUCUAUCCUUUAUAACAUCCACUGGUGGGUAUAAUGUAUAAUAAAUUAAUGGGUGGUGUGCGUAUGUGUGUGUGCCAGAGUGAGAGAGUGAGACACCCACAUGAAGAUGUAGUGCAAUACUGCUAUGAUGUUAUGCAAUGAAGAUGGUUUUACGUGUGUGUCUAAGAUUAAAACAGUAUUUAUAAAGUUUGCACUGACGGCAUUAUAUGCUACAGGUAUCAGCAAGAAAAAGAAGGUGGACUCCAAGUUUUAUGAGCAUGUGUUUGUUUUUACUUAUAAUUUGUUCUGAAUUAUAAGAGUGAAGGUGGAAGUGUUGAUGGAAGUGACCAUUCAUAUUUAUUGUUUGUUUAUUUUUGCUCACUUGCUUCUCCCAGCUCAAGGUGGAACAGCUGAAGCUUGUGAAUGACAAGUACCAAGUUUUUGUUUACAGUAUGAUUUAUUAUUUAUUAAGAACUGUCACAGGUUCUAUCUCAAGUCUGUAUAUUUUUGUAUUUUUUUCCACAUUGAGAGAGCUUUUGGGUCUCGGCCAGAAAUGCUGUAUAUACAAAAGAGAUGUUGGAGUGCUGUGUGGCUUUAGGUUUAGUCGUGCACACUGCUGAAUUGAUGCAAGUACAGGAUCCAUCAGAGCCGCAGCCCAGUUAAACUGCUCAAACAUAGAAACAACAUCUGCACACUCCGGGUGGGCAAAACACACACACACACACACACACACACACACACACACAUAUACGCACAUAAAGAUAUCAGCAUAUUCAUUUACAUUUAUACAUUGAGAGAAUCACAGAAACAACAACACAUGACAACAUAUCCAUGAAUGGAAUAAUAUGUUUUCAAUUUCUUUAUUUGAGGGUUCAAAUAUCAAUGUAUUUCUUAAUAUCUCUCAGCCAUCCGUAUCAUAGUGUGAUAUUCCUUAUAAAAUAUAUGAAUUUUUACAGAAAAGACUGAUUACAACAUUACAACAAAGUCAACUGAUGCAGAAAAAUAUAUUUAACAAUGACAAUAUCAAGCAAAAUAAAAUGUUCCAGUUCAGUGAAGCGCUUGUUGUAAAUUAGCUAUAAAAUAAUAAAAUUAAUUUAAAAAUGCUUUCUGAAAA